CAUUUGAUGCGAUUUGACGCCGCUAAAGAAGGGAAAGCCAGAUAAAUGUUGAAAGGCACUUUACUACAAAAUUACGUCUAUUGUGAAGGAGACUUUUGUGGCAAGACCAUCGUAAUUUGCUGGAUGGUUUCUUAACGAGUUCCCGCUGAUGUUCACUUGGGAUAGCGAGAGGCAGACAUUAAUACUUGAGGAGAAUUAUCAUAAAGAAACGGCAAGAGGAAAUUUGUGAUUCUAUAUUCCCAACGCACUUUGGAUGAAACAUUUUUUGCUGUGCUGUCGCAUUCCAGAAGGUGCAUAUCCUUGGGAUAUAGCCAGGCGGACCGCUGCCCGUGUGUGACUAGCUAACAAAGGUGGAGAAGGAGAAAAGGGCUUUACUUGAUUCGUGAUAUGCACCACAUGUUGUGUCAAUAUUCCUUGAUUACACUGGAGAAUCUGUGGCGACGAGAUUAUGCGAAAAGUGCAAGAGCAAAUGUUGUCAUCCUAGCCCUUUUUUCUGCUCGCCACUAAUAACAUUAUCACACACUCUCCAGUAUUGUGAGUGGUGCAGCAUGUGGACUGACUGACUUGCCUUAUGUUUACGCUCUAAUGAGAACAAGUACCGGAUUAUUAAUAAAGCAUAGCAGGUUCUCUUUACGCGGUUCUGAUGGAUUAAUAAUAACUUCUGGUUGCUAAAAGCUAACACAAUAUUCGCUUAUCGUUCGCUCUGUUGAUACUCUGCUCUUGCGAAUGUGUUUUGGGGACAAAAGCGACUUGGACUGAGGGUUUUAGCUCGGAUCAAAGGUCUACACGUGUUAGCAUUGUGUCCUCCUUUACCCCAAGCUCCAUAAGCCUAGCAUCGAUUAGCCUUCUCUUCAACAUCUGUGCUUUGGAAGACCCAACCCCUUAUCCACAUCUCCUAGAUCAUCUAGAAUUUAAACCUUGUGAUUGGAUUUGUAAAUUGAUUUUACCGUGUGCUUUACGGCGAUUUAGACGAGUCUACCGUGGAUCUUAUGGGUGUGAAAUGUGUGAUUGGAGAGCUCAAUAGCCCGAAAGGCGCCGUGAUUACCAGGGGAUUGCGAGCGGGAGCCCGACUUCACUCAGCGGAGGACUAGCCGUAUGGAACCCCAGUAGGAUUACCAGCGGAAUAUAGUUUUUGUGCACGAGUUCACCCCCAUCUCCUUGUAUCACCUGUCCUUUCCGACUGAGCAUGGCCUAAAUCCAACAGCAAUGUGCUGUUAAUUACGUUAUGUAGCCUUCAUGAGCCGCGCCUCUUCGCCGCAGCUGAAACCAUACGGAGCGAAGAAAAGCACUGAAGAAGGGAGGGAAUUGUGCUCAGGGGUAACUUUUUCCUUCUCUCUCUCUCUCUCAGCCAGAUCUACCUCUCCUUAGAAAAACUUCAGGGAUUCAACUUUCAUGUGUCUUUGUAUUCAAAGGAUGCGUGUAGUGAACUCGUUUUACGCUGACGACGUUAGAUAUCCAUAACACGGAGCGAAAUAUUUAAGAAUCUUUGUUACCCAGUUUUAUUCAUCACUGGACGCCAGUGUGAGCUCACUUUUUAAAGUGGAAGGUUUUCAUAUUAGCUUCUGAUCUGUGAUCUUGUCAUAAGAUCAACAUCAUCUUUCGCCAUCAUGUGGAGAACAGAGAUUAAAAGCAUACAACGUGCAUCAGGAGGUCACAGUAAAGGUCACAGACAUUGUUUCAAUCAACAUCCGAAAUGUUGGAGGAAGACCAUAAGCUAUGGAGGCACGUUAUUACACACAUGUGUUGUGAUGUUGAUGGCGAUGGUUUUAGUGCCAACCGGUGGUUUAUCUCAACCAAUACCAGAUGUAGACUUUGAUGAGUUCGACCCUCAAACUGCGCAGUGUGAACCGAUUACCAUCAAACUAUGUAAAGGAGUGGGUUACAACAUGACGCGGAUGCCCAAUCUUGUGGGUCACGAACUUCAACAAGAUGCCGAACUUCAACUUCAAACUUUUACCCCUCUAAUCCAGUAUGGUUGUUCUCCGUACCUUCGUUUCUUCCUCUGUUCCGUCUACGCGCCGUACUGUACGGAUAAAAUUGAUGUUCCGAUUAGUGUUUGUCGACCGCUGUGUGAACGCGUCCGAGCCAGUUGCAAUCCUGUACUGAGCAAGUUUGGAUUCAAGUGGGCUGAAGCUUUGAAUUGUUCACAGUUUCUUGAGCGAAGUGACGGAAAUGAUAUUUGUAUGGGACCACCACCAGGUGAAGGGGACACAAACGGUAUAAGUAACCCCGACGGCGACGUCGUGACCGCGAUCGUACCGCAGGAGCCAGGCGAACCGGACUGUCAACACCACCGCGAACCUCUGAAAUGGCAUUACGUGAAGCGUUACGAAAAAUGUGCGUUACGCUGUGACGCAGACUUUCUGUUCAGCCAGAGCGAGAAAAAGUUUACCGAAAUAUGGAUGGCAAUUUGGGCUGGAUUGUGUUUCUUGACCACCACGAUGACAGUGCUGACAUUCGCCAUAGACACAGUACGUUUCAGGUACCCAGAGCGACCUAUCAUAUUUCUAUCCAUUUGCUAUAAUGUAUUCAGUAUCGCGUACAUCGUCCGGUUAAUCGCCGGUCGUUCGGUCAUAGCCUGUGAUGAUGACGGUGUGGCCGAAUUCUUAAUCCAGGAGGGCUUGGAGAACACCGGAUGCGCCGUGACGUUCCUCAUCUUGUACUUCUUCGGUAUGGCAAGUUCUAUCUGGUGGGUCAUCCUAGCCUUCACCUGGUUUCUCGCUGCAGGACUAAAGUGGGGUCAUGAGGCCAUCCAAAUGAACAGCAGUUACUUCCAUGUCGCAGCGUGGGGAAUCCCUUUCGUCAAAACCGUCAUCAUCCUCGUCAUGCGGGUCGUCGAUGCUGACGAACUCACGGGAAUGUGUUUCGUGGGUAAUUCAAGUCUGGAGGCACUCACCGGGUUCGUCAUCGCGCCGUUGUUCACAUACCUCGCCGUUGGGACCCUCUUCCUUCUCGGGGGAUUCAUUUCGUUGUUCAAGAUUCGAUCCGUUAUGAAAAACGACGGCACCAAGACUGAUAAGUUAGAGCGACUCAUGGUCAAAAUAGGGCUUUUCUCUGUACUCUAUACCGUUCCUGCAACGAUCGUGGUAGCGUGUUUCUUUUAUGAGCAUUCGAACAGGAUUUUUUGGAUGGAUGGUGAAGCUUCACCUAACAUUGAGGUGUUUAUGCUAAAGUUAUUCAUGUCGCUCGUAGUUGGCAUAACGAGCGGGAUGUGGAUUAUGUCGGCGAAGACGAUGCGAUCGUGGAGGCGAUUUUUGGAAAGAAUGGCCCCUGCUUUAGUGUGUUGUGCGCCAUUGGGCGACGAAAAGAACGGACGUCAUAGAAACGGCGACGAAACGGCGGUAUAAUCCAAGGCCUUUAAGAUGGUCGUGACGAUUUCGAACACAAGUCAAAGGAUUUUUUUUUAUUAAUAAUAAAGUAUCAUAACUGAAAAUAGUAUAUGUGUACAUUCAAUGCCAUGCAUAACACUAUAACUUGUACAUGUAACUGAGAAAUCUGCGACAAAACCUGAAGAGAAA